GAUAACCUCUCUCUGCAAUUCAUGGUGGAGAAGGGUAAUUGUAGUCCCUUCGUAUUUUCACUUGUUCUGCAACGGUACAGGCUAUUCGUUCUUAAAGAUUUAGAAAAAUAUUAUUGAUAUUUAUUUUUAUAUGUCUUUCAAAAUAAUUUUUUUAUGUGUACUCGAAAACUUUUUGUAAGCACUUUGCUACAAAAUACUUAGAAUUAAGUACUCUAUUCAGAGUAAAAGUGAUCCCCUAGCUGGGCGGAUGUCGACCCUAACAUUUUUAAUUGCGGUGGAACUUUAAACAACAAAAAUAUAAACUACCUUCCACAGUCCUAUUUAUACAGCUGUUGCAUGUAAAGCUCUUCAAAAAAUGAAGGGACCAACGGAGAAGCAUUUUGAAGGCAUUUAUGCCAAUCCCCGUCUUAUGCAUGCAAUAGGAUUGGUGGUAGGCUGUAUUGCACGUCUUCAAGUAAAAAGUGGUUCAAUCUAUGAAGGAGUGUUGAGAACAAUAUCUAGUAAGGCAGACUUUGUUCUAGAAAUGGCUCAUAAAGUUGAUAUAAAGAAGUGUACCAAUAACUCUGGUGCAGCCCCAUUGAACGUUUUGACUCCUCUUACUAGCUCAGAUGAAGUAAUAGAAAAAAUAGUUUUUAAGUUUGAAGAUGUAGUCCAGCUUUCAUUUCUUAAUGUUGAUCUUGACUUUGCAACACGAGAGAGUUUCACUGAUACUGCUAUAAGCAAAUUCAAUGGACAAGUUGUAGAGAGAGAACUUGAGCCAUGGGAUGGAGGAGCAUUGCCUGUUGAUGGAUUGGACUUGGGUGCUGGUGAAGAAGAAGCUAAUGGCUGGAAUGCAAAUGAUAUGUUUCGCACUAAUGAAGAAAAAUAUGGUGUAAAAUCAUCGUUUGAUAGUAAUUUACCAGGUUAUACAAUACCUUUGAAUAAACAAAAUACUGAAGAAUAUAAACAACAAGAAGCCAGGGCUUCAAAAAUAGCUCAAGAAAUUGAAAGUGGUUUCCAUCAUAAAAGCCGAGCUGCUUUGGAAAAUGGUGAUGAGGAAGAACGAUUUAGUGCUGUUAUACGACCUGAUAAUGCUAAUAAUACUAACAAUAAUUUCAGGUUCGUUCCUCAUCGCUCUCGAAAGCCUCAAAAUGUUCGUAGUAACAUUCGUAACAGUCCAGCUCCUCAUGUCAACAGGAAUUCUCAUCAGCAUUCCCAAGUUUUCCAUCGUGUAUCUAGUCCAGCUAUGUCUGUUAAUAAUUCUCAGGGAAACUAUAAGGUGGGGAACUCGGUCUCGGCCACCACAUGUGUAAACACUGUUUCACCGAGACCAACUCCCACUUCUACUCCUCCUGCUCCACGACAGCCAACAGUUCAAGCUAAUCAACUGCCACCACAGCAGUCACCUUCUCAAUUUAACCAGGUGCCUGUAACAAGUGCUUCUGUAAGCGUUGCUCAACCUGUUGUACGUUCCACACCACCUACAACUCCAACUGUGCCUCAAGAAGAAAAUCAUAAAGUGAAUGGAGAAGCUGAUAAAACUGAAUUAAAAUUUGCUCCAAAACCUCCUCGAUCUUUGAAUCUUCAAAAUGCUGCUAAUAAAGAAAUGAGGGAUUCUGUGGUUAAUCAACAGAAUGCAAACAAAAGUGCUGAUAGAAGAAAAGAAGCUGAAAAGAAAACACCAGUGCAGAAAGCUCGUGAUGAUAAAACUGAAGACUUGAAAAGAUUCCAUGCUAGGUUUAAGCUCUCAGAAGAGCCAAAGGACACUCAUGAGAAAGAUUCAUCUCCAAAAUCAGAGUCCCAGCCAUCUGGAAACUCUGCUGCACCUUUGCCUCCUAAACAUCAGAAUAAAGAAAAACCGAAGGAAGAAGAUAGGAAGACUAAUAGUACUCCAGAAAGUAGAACAAGUCCCGAUAAUCCUAAAAGUAGCAAUCUGAAUCCAAAUGCUAAGGAGUUUGUUUUUAAUCCAAAUGCCAAAUCGUUUACUCCCCGAGGUGCUCCAAUACAGAAUGUUGCACCACCAGCUGUUCAACCACCACCCCGCUUGCAUACUCAGAGUCCAAUCAUGGCAAUGCCUCAACCACAUAUUAUGCCUGGCAUGGCUCAGACUGUGUUCAACAUGGCUCCUCAUUAUGUCGUAUCUGCUACUCCAGUAUCAAUGCCUGUUGCUCCACCCUUCACGCCAGCUGCUUCAGUAACACCAGCACCAAGAUUUAGAAAGGAUACUUCUCAUUAUUCUAGAAGAAAUUUUAAUCAAAAUAAUAUAUCCCGGCAACGAAAUUCCUUCCAAGAUCCAGAGUAUGGUGUUGGUAUGGGACUUAAUCAGUAUGAAGACGUGAUCUUUUCAGCUAUGCCAAUGACUAUUCAGCGUCAUGAUAUGUCUCAACCCAUGCAUGUGCAAGCGGCUACCGGUCAACCAAUAUUAGCUCAGCCUACUCUGUCGGCUCCGCAGUUCACCAUUCAGUAUACUCCGCCUCCUGGAAUGCUCCAUCAUCCUCCUGGGCCACCACAGCAGUUGGCAUAUGCUCAGAAAAAGAUGUAUUUUCAGAUGUAUUCUCUUAUGCCACGUGUCUUAACCCCACAACCUGUUGGGAUGGUGCCUACUUCUGCUGCAUAUGGUGAUAACCCUCAAAUUCCAACUCAUGUUUAUAUGCCACAUCCAGGAACUCCGGGAAGCAUACCACAUGCCAUGGCACCUAGUAACAGCGGACAGCACUCUGCUCCGUCUACACCCCAGUCACAAACGCCUAGCCUUCACCCUGCUCCAUCUCCUGUACAUCAGCCACCUCCUUCUGGGGGACAUGGUCAACCCCAGACACCCACUGGACAUCCCAGUAAUGCACCUACCCCCCAACCAGUGAUGUAUACCCAUGGCCACAUGACCACUCAACAUCAGCUGCAUGCCAAUCAUUCGUCAUCUAACCAGGGUCAUCCUUUUGCUGCCUCUUAUGCUGGAACUCCUCAGCCAAUAGUUUUACUGCCACAGCAGCCACAUGCUCCACAUCCUGCGACAUUUGCAUCGUCUUUGCAAAAUCAUUUGCAUGGACAGAAUCCUGGAAGUCAUGUUGGUACUCCAACCCAUGUUCUGCCCCAUGCCCCUCUGAUGAUUCCCACAAGUGCUGGUCUAGUUCAUACCCAGACUGCUAUUAGUACUGGCCACUAUGUACCACACUCCCAAGGUGGUAUGAUGCAGAGGUAGCUGUCUAGUUAAAUUGGGAAUGUGCAAGAAGAAGAAAUAAGCAGUCAAAAUUGAUUUGCUGUAAGUUAUUGUAAAAUGCAGAUCAAUUAGAACAAGAAAUAGGAUUCAUAGACUCUAGAAAAUACAAUAGCAGUACAAUAAUAGAUUGUUUCUUUUACUAAAUUAUGCCAACAUUUUUUAACAGACUGCUUAGAUUAAAAACUAUGCUAUGAAAACUAAUAAAACUGCUCUAAUAUAUAAAAAUAAAA